AUGAUCGACAAGAACGAUUCACGAUACAAAGAGCGCUUGGCUCGUGCAGAGAAGUGGGCGCGAGAGAUAGAAGGAUCAGAAGAAGAAUCGGCUGAAGAAAGUGACACAAGCGUCACCGAUGAACGAAUCCGCGACCACAAAGGAUUAGGAGAACCCGGGAAAGCCCAAGUCAGCUCCUCGCAAGAGCCUCUCGACUCAGAAGGAGAGGAGACGGAAGACCCCGCAACUGUUACAACCUCUGCUCAGACACAUCAAAGAACAAUCUCGACAAAGCCCCCGACUCUCCCAAUUAAGUCUCCAUUGGCGGAGCACAAAGAACUCGAAUCUGGUCAAUUAGCGACAGCUUCUACGAGUCAAAGGCACGACUACACCGACUCGGUCCAUCUAAAUGACCAACCAGGGGGCUUCACCGCGGACAUGAAAGCUGACGACUCGUUUUCCAUUAUCACAAUAACAGGACGACUUAACGAGGACCAGCGCAAAGAUGUAGUCGAGCGCUUUGCCGGGGCUCUCGUAGACGAGUUGCUGAAGCACAUUGACCUAAAUGUAGGAACAAACUCAUCCCGUGCCAGCUGCAGAAAGGUUAUAUCUGAGGCAGUCGCGAAAUUCGCAUUAAGCAUUAAAGUCAACGUACACACUAAUGACGACAAACUCGGCGUCAAAGUUGUGUUUCGACUAAACGAGGAGAUAUCCACUAAAUGUGACAAACACUCGUUCGAAAUUUUGAAUCCUCUUGAGGAGUAUGGGAGGACGCCCGUGUUUACUGAGGGCGAACCAGAGAUUGGUUCACUGGAGAAGGUCGACGGUUGGACUACGUUGUUGUCGCCUCUUGAGCGUUCAGAGCAGGAGCAACACUCCAAUGUGACAUCUUUGCGGAGUUUCUCUGCAGUCCAUAGUGCCUCUAACUUGGACAUGCUACCCGGAAUACAAAUUACCAUCAGAAACCUGUAUCGAGGUUCGACCAACCCGGAGCUCACAGGCAGCCAUCUGACGGAGAAUGCGGCAUUCAGAGGUCUCACUGACCCUUUCAAGAAUGUCUUAGAAUUAUAUCAUAGUGAAAAACGAGCCUGA